CAAAGUUUGAUUAAAAACGUUAAUACUAGCCAAAGCUAUAUUGAAUAUCCCAAAAAACCGAUAUAUUCAAAAAUAUUUAUAUUCAAAAUCUCAAUCAAAAGCUUGAACAUUUCGAACAUGUUUUUUUGGUUGCUUUUCAUGCCCUUGAUCAUUGAAGGUGUUUAUGACAACAACAACGCUAUUUGUCAAGAAUGGACAGAAUCUUAUAGUCAAGGAGGUGUUGGAGAGUCAAGCUGUGUGGUGCCUGGAUCAGUUGGUAAGUGCGGCAACUGCAUGACCAUGAACGACUGUGGAGAGGGGAGAUUCUGCUGUCCCUUCAUGAAGAAGUGUGUGUUCAGUUCGGAGGGCUGCUACUACCCCAUUGCCGAUUGUGGACCCAGAUGCUACGAUAGCGACGACCCCACUAAAUGUUCAUGCAGUGAUCCUGACUUCCCCAACCAGUGGGUGUCAUGCACCAAUGACCCCCAAUCAUUCCAGUUUUAUGGGGAGGUACAGGAGUCAUCGGAAAUGGCUUACACUAGAGAGGAGGGAUCGAAUGGGGCUGUCGCUGAGACUGAUGAUUUCUCCGAGGGUGCUCUUUGCAAUCAUAACAGACUCAGAGCGGCGGGAGGGUUGUCCCCUUUGACUUGGGAUCAAUGCUUGGCCGGGUUUGCGAGGACCCACGCACUGAAGCUAAAGGAGGAAAACGCUUGCAAGAUGGCAAAUUCUGAGAAUUGGGAGAGGGAAAACUUGUGUGGAUUUGGUCACGCAGGCGAGAAUCUAUACUGGGCCAUGAGUGGAAGUGGAAUUGACAAUUCGAUGAGAAAAAACGCGGGAUGGAGCGCCACACAAUCAUGGUGGGAUGAGUUGAAUGGUUACGUGUAUGGAGUGUCGGAAGAUUCGAGUGGCAACCUAUCCCCAGGCAGCUACACAAUGUGCAGCACCAGAAACAGCCACGGCCAAGUUGGACACUUCACUCAGGCAAGUGAUGUGAUGUGGGAUGACACAACCCACCUCGGCUGCGACUUCGCCGAGUGCUACAACUCCCUUGUAAUUGUCUGCAUCUACGGCAAAGCUGGAAACUGGGGUGGACAAGCCCCAUUCUCAAUUGCCCAGAGGGACAAACUGAACCAGAGUCCCGAAGCGGGGGACUUCGGAGGACUUCCAACGUGCACCGACGGGGGUCCGAUGAACAAUGACGGCGUCACGACUGAUGCGGUGACAACUAUUCCGACAACCACGACGUCAACCACAACAACAACUACGACAACUACCUCGACGACUUCUGUUCCGACAGACUUUGUGAUUCCGCUGGGUGGUGAUGGUGUAUGUCAAGGUCAAUGGGGAUCGCAAUGCAUCUUUCCGAUCGACACUCCAUGGGGGAGGGCAACUAAUUGCAACUUCUUCGUCAAUCUGGGAUUCGACUCCGAAUAUUUUUUCCUGUAUAGUGAAGGUGAUUCGCACUAUGUGGACAUUUGUGACCCUAGUGACGCUGAUUGUCCGUACUAA